AACACGCCUGCAACGAGUAAGAAAAAGCCCUGUUGAUACUUUGCGGGGAAUAUUCAUCGAGGAACGCACGUCGUUUCUUUUAGAGUGAAACCAUUAGGUGCCGCAGACAACUGAGCCACGAAAUUAAGGGCGAAGAAACGGUUUCGAGUGGUCAGUCUUCAUUUGAGGCUUACGAAUCGAAGAAAAAUUUACAUUAUAUAUUUUAAAUAAGAUCCAGAUGAACCAAAAUGGUGGAUCGAGCUGAGAGCUAACGAAAGAUCAUCUUAGAAAGUCCUGGCUUUUCAUCCCCCUGAAGAUCUUUUAUUUGGAUCAGAUCAAGGAAUUUGGAGGAAUAACAAAAGAAGGUAGCAUAAACUGUGCGUGACUUUCCUGUGUCAGGUCUUAGAGUAAAAACUUAAUUCACAAUUAAAUAUUAAUGAAACCUAGUAAUACAAAUAGUCCUCUGCCGGCUUCAGGAAUAAUAUUUAUUUGAUUCGUAAUUAUUGUUGCUCUUGUUUCUUAGCCCACCAUUAGUUCUGAAAAAGCUUUAGAGUGAAUUCAAGGCCACUACAGCGUUUAAACUAACAAUUGCUGAGUUCCUGGCCAAAAAAAGCAAAACAAAAGAUUUAUAAAACGAAUAUGAGGGAGGAAUGGCGCCGAUGCUACAAGACACCGGCUUUGCUCUCAUCAUCAUCAAAUAAGACGCAGUUGUUGAACCUACAUUUUUGAAUUUUGUGUUUCUUGAAGCACAUUUAACAACAGCUAAUAACUCUGAUUCUUUUGGUCAUUUUUUUGCUACCUAGACUACCUAUGAAGAGCUACGCAUCGCUAACGGUUGGUGCGCCUCGAGUUGGGCGUUAGAAAGUUCUAAAGAUUUGUAUCUCGAUCAUCCCCCUCGCUCGUUUUUUAUGUUUAUUUCCUUCUAAUACGGAAUUUUUUUUCACACCAUCAAGCCAUUAUUGUAUGGGUUUGCAUCAUUAGAAAGCUCCUUUAAGAUUACUAAGCAAUCAGGAAAUGAGUGGGCAGUGGAAAAUAUUGGCGGAAAUUAAAGCAUACGCAUCUCACGGAAAAAUUAACGCCCCACUCUUUGUGGUAUCAUUUACCAUAAUAUUUUUUGCUCUCAGGGUCUAACUUUUAGCACCAAUGAGUCGCCCAAAUACGAAGCGUCUAGCCGUUUUCAUUUGUUUGACUGAGCACUAUUUCAUGAUGUCGAUAUUUUGCACACUUCUUAAUAUCUUUUGUCAGCAGAGUGAGAAGCCAUAUCGCCACUUGCACUGCAAAAUCUCAAUAACAAAAACAAGUACGAAUUAGUCAUUUUAGACAGUGAGUCACUGAGUGGUUAUGUAAGAGAAGAACCCGUUAAAACCUACGUUAAAACUGAGAAAGAGAGUGUGUGUGUUUGUAUCACAUGAUCAUUGCAUUUUUGUAAAACAAAUUAGAUAAAUGAAAACUGGAAAACAGGGAUAAAUUAUUAGCAAUUAUAUUCUUUCGCCUAUAUCCGAACUAUACACACAUGAAAAUAAGAAAAUUUCCGUGUCUGACAGAUUGAUGUUGGCUUUGAAAAAACUCGCUUUCAUCCAAUUGUGUCUUGAACCAAUAGAAUGGCAUAAAAGAUUCGCCUAACACCUGCCCACUAUUUUCACGUCACUUAGGUGGGCAAAUAAUUUAGCAAACUUUAUGCCUCCGGCCUGACGGUUACCCUGGUUUCAGCAGCGUAUUCGAGAAGAAUUAAUUGUAAUCUUGAAUUGUUGAAUUUUUUAGCUCUGAAUAAGGAAGGAGCAAGUACGAGCAAAGCCACUCGUUUCAAGUAGUUUUAAUCCAAAGCGGAAUUUCAUUUUUGGGCAGUGAUUCAACAGUCAAUCAAGGUAAAAAUGGCUGCUGAUAUCGAGUCCGUCGAAAUAUCGCUUCGCAAAUGUCCAGAUAUUCAUGCUCAGUUCAACUUCACGGCACUAAAGGAGCUCAAUGACUCCCGAGUUUUACCCCUUCUUUUGGGUAAUUUUUCCAUUUGUUUGAGGCUUCUGGAAACAAUAAAUACCAGCUCCACGAAGGCAUGGACGGCGUUAUCGACGACGGUCGUACCACCACAUCAUCUACCUGUUCUCAUAACGUACUUUGUAUUAGUUUCAGUAUUCGGUUUGGUCAUCAACUUAUGUGUGAUCGGUACAAUUGGUCGCGUUCGCAGACUAUGGACCAUCACAAACGCAUUUGUCUUAAGUCUGGCUAUGGCCGACUUCUUCAUGGCCAGUGUCCUUGUUCCGUUAAACAUCUGGUGCCAGUACUAUCCCAGUCAAGCGGAUACCUCCACAGCAAAGGACACGUUGUUUCCGUUAUUAGGUGCUCCGUCACUUCUGAACCUGGCCGGCGUUACGCUGGAACGCUUCCUCUCGAUUUCAUACCCGUUGAGGUACGACGCGUUCCUGAAUCGUUCUCGCGCCACAGUCAUCAUUGCCAUCAUAUGGCUGGUAUCGAUAUUCCAGGCGCUCCUCAUCUUGGCUUUUAAGGACGAGAAUGGUGGAACUCCAAAACUCUAUGAAGACCUGCGAUUCGCCUUAGUGUUCGGUCUACCAUGUUUGUGUAUCUUGCUGGUAAACAUAAAAAUUUACUACGUAGCACGGCAGCAUGCGAGACAAAUCAAUGCAUCGAACCCUCAUGGACAAAGCGGCACAAAGAUCUCGAACCGAUCGUUCAUAAAGAAGCUCAAGACAGUUAAAAUCAUCGCAUUACUUGUCGGUGCGUUCAUGCUGACUUGGUUGCCUUACUUUUCUUUGUCAAUAUAUGAACAUCACAUUGCUGAAGAGAAAAAAACCAAAGGCUUGAGGCUGGCUUUGCAGGUAGCUGAAGCACUAGCGUGCGGAACUGCUCUGUUUAACCCGCUACUUUAUGGACUGCUACGGAAAGACGUGCGCGAGGCGAUAUUGAAAGGACUCAAGUGUGAAAAUGUGAAUCAGACUGAACUUCAAAGUUUUUCUUAUAGCUUUCGUACGGAGAACACACAGUAAGGUGUGGAAAAUGAGAAAAUAGCCGCAAACAUGGAACCUCUAGUUAGGUCGUGAAGAUUUGCAUUUAUCCGAGUUUAAUCUUUUCGCAAAUGGUGUAGCUUAAAAAAUCGGUGCACGAAAGCAAUAAAAAUAGGUUUACAUAAAGAUAGUUAAGGAAAGUGGUCGGUAUCGACUUGUAUUCGACCAAUCAUGAGAACUAAAACGAUUACAACCAAAAUUUUGAAGGAGCUAGUUGUAAUGAAUAAGUACAAAACAAGUUAUUCAUUUUGCGUACUAAUGUUUUUUCAAUUUGACUUCAGGUAAUCUGCGUAUGCAGAUUUUCGCAUUCUCGUUGCUAAAAGUCAUUUUAUAACAGCAGCGAAAUUAAAGGUCUUCUCUGUUGCUAAGUAAAUUACCAAUACAAUAAAGAAAUCUCUAGAUUCUG